CCCUUAGCCAGUGAUGCAUCUUUAGAAGGAGAAGAGUUGCAGGUGUUAAACAUGAAAUAGAUGCGCAGGACUGAAACAUCUUUAUGAAAAAAUGGAGUCUAUCACUAUGAUGGGAAGUCCAAAGAGUGUGAAUGAUUCAUUCCUGCCAAAUGGAACAACCUGCCUGAAAGAGACCAAAACAACUAUUGGAAUAUUAGGAAGUGGAGACUUUGCCAAAUCAUUGACGAUUAGGCUGAUAAGAUGCGGUUACCACGUGGUCAUUGGGAGCCGUGAACCAAAAUGUGCAGCUGACUUUUUCCCACAUGUCGUGGACGUUACCCACCACGAGGACGCAAUAAUGAAAGCGAGCAUCAUAUUCGUAGCAAUACACAGAGAACACUAUUCUUCCUUAUGGGACUUGAAACAUUUACUCACUGGAAAAAUACUAGUGGACGUCAGCAAUAACAUGAGAAUGGAUCAGUACCCGGAAUCAAAUGCAGAAUAUUUGGCUUCGUUGUUUCCAGACUGUUACGUUGUGAAAGGAUUUAAUGUGGUUUCAGCAUGGGCACUGCAACUGGGCCCAAAAGAUGCAAGUAAUCAUGUCUAUAUUUGCAGCAAUAAUGUUCAAGCUCGUCAUCAAGUUAUUGAACUCGCUCGUCAGAUGAGCUUCAUUCCAGUCGACUUGGGUGCACUGUCUUCAUCACGAGAAAUAGAAAACAUACCUCUGCGUCUUUUUACGCCAUGGAAAGGCCCAGUGGUGCUUGCGAUUAGCCUUGCUACGUUCUUCUUCGUCUAUUCCUUUAUAAGAGAUGUUAUUCACCCGUACGUAAGGAAUCAACAGAGUGACUUCUACAAGAUCCCCAUUGAAAUUGUGAACAAGACUUUACCAGUAGUGGCCAUCACACUUCUCUCUCUGGUAUACCUAGCUGGUCAACUAGCCGCUGCUUACCAGUUAUAUUAUGGAACCAAGUACAGGCGAUUCCCACCGUGGCUGGAGAGUUGGUUACAAUGUAGGAAGCAGUUAGGUUUGCUAAGCUUCUUCUUUGCUGCAGUCCAUGUGGUAUACAGCAUGUGUUUGCCAAUGAGACGUUCAGAGCGUUACUUGUUUCUCAAUAUGGCGUAUCAACAGGUUCGUGCUAACAUUGAUAACUCUUGGAAUGAGGAAGAAGUGUGGCGAAUUGAAAUGUACAUUUCCUUUGGCAUAAUGAGCCUUGGAUUACUUUCCUUACUGGCAGUGACGUCCAUCCCAUCUGUCAACAACGCUUUAAACUGGAGAGAAUUCAGCUUUAUUCAGUCCACCCUUGGAUACGUUGCUCUGCUGAUAAGCACAUUCCAUGUUUUACUAUAUGGCUGGAAACGGGCAUUCGAAGAAGAGUACUACCGUUUUUACACCCCUCCAAACUUUGUCCUGGCGUUGGUCCUCCCAUCUAUUGUAAUUCUGGGUAAAAUAGUUUUGCUCUGCCCAUGCGUGAGCAAAAAGCUUCGAAGAAUUAAAAGAGGCUGGGAGAAAAGCUAUUUUAAGGACAAGUCCAGUGGCUCGGCGGCUCACGUAUCUCCAGAAAGGGUUACAGUAAUGUAAUGUGCCAAUGAACUGUUCUCGAAUUCUCCAUUUUUCAAUCCAACAUUUAUUAUUUUCUUUUGCGUUAACAUGAACUGUGCAGGAGCUAUACAGAAAAAGAAGGUAUAAAUAGCAAUAGAGCAACAGUUUGAACAAGUACUCUUCAUAUAUAUUCUAAAUUGCGUUCACAUAAAUUAAUCUUGCUAAUUUAUGUAGUAUUAACCAGCGUUACAGCAAGAUACUGUAUUCAAAUGUAAUAAUAUCUAUCUGUGUAACAGACAAUUGCACUACAGCUAAACAUUAUUAGAACAUUGUGAAUCUUUUCAUUACUACGGAACACCAUCUGGAGAGCUCCUACCAUAAGCACACAAGAGCAUCUUUUAACAUGGGCUCUCUUUGACAAAUUAAAGUUGUAUCCUACAUACAGGAAUAGUGCCAAUUUAGAUAGAUAAAUUCAUAAAUAAAGUGCAAAUAAAAAUCUCAUUCAAUUUUAGAAUCCCUGUAUUAACACACUUGUAGAUUCCAUGAGGUUGACCCAAAAUAAAGACGUUCAUCAAGAGGAAAACUAAUUGGUACUCUGUUUACAGAAUACAAACUCCUUGGUGGCUUCAGUUUAGAAAGAGGCUUUUUCUCAAAAUUACAGAAGAUGCCCAUAUUAAGAAUAUUCCUAUUUCCUAGGAGGAAAACAGUAAUUUAAUGUUUAAAACUUUAUUGUUCCAGAUUAAAUUAACAUUUUUCAAGCAUAACACUUGUAUAUGACCGGCUGGGGUGGUCAGAAUGAACUGUCUUUGCAUCCAUAGAACAUAAACAAUUUAUUGAAACUAUGUUUUAAAACUCAGUGCAAUAGCAGCUCAUAUCUGAUCACCCCCAUGGUACAGCUCUGGUAGGUGUGAAAUAUUUUCAACAUCAAUGUCUAAUUUGUGUUAUUUUGUUGCAAUAUUUAAUGACCAUUCCACACUCUUAUUCGUCCUCUUCCAAAGUUAUUUGGCUAGUAAUUCUAUGGGGAAAAAUCAUAGCCGUAAGUGUUCAGUAUUAGACGACUUCUGAUGUUACAAGGUUUUCAGUCAUGUUUUGUAUUUCCAGAAACCCAUUGAUACAUCACCUUUUGUAGUGAUAUUGGAUUUGUAUUUUUUUAUCUAGAGUUUCAUAUAUAUAUAUCACCAAAUGUUUUUAAGAUAGUAUUCGUGAAAAUAAUGUUAAUUGCACAUGUGGCAUAUCAGCAUUUCUUAUGAUGUUCCUAAUUGCAGUGUUUUUAGAAUAUAUAUGUGCCAAAAUUCCUUCACAGAAGCCUUCUGGAGAAUGAAGGUUAUUGAAAAGGAUUAUUCACUAAAGUGAGUAUUCAAAGUGAAUUUCCUAUUUAAGGCCAGAGCAGCGAGAUUUUUUCCAGUUUGGCAAUUUUUACCUUAAAUUUGAAAUUCAUUACAAAUUCUCACUGUAAACCUCUUUAAAAGAAAGAUAAAUGACGUGCGUUUAAGAAAAAACAGAAAAUUGUGAGCAAAAACAUGUUAUCAACUGCAAACAAAAUAAAAAAGGACAGGGAUAUCAAAAGAAAUAGUUCAGCUUAUCUCUAGCCACUUCAAAUACUUUUGUUUUGUUUUUCUGUAAUAUAAUUUUGCCAAAUAGAAAUCAACACCAUAACCACUUCAGUUUAUUGAAGUAGUUAUAGUGCCUGUACAAUCUUUCAUUUCAUUUGUGACAGAAUAUGUUUUUAAAGUGGAGCUUGUAGCUCAGCCCACAAUCCCUCUCAGACAGAGAGCUGGGAAUUACACCUUGAGUUGGGACGGAAAGAGAAAUACAAAGAUUAUAAUGGCUAAUUGAAAAAGAUUUAAUAAAAAGAUAUUUCCUAUAAUGAUAAAGUUUGCCUCCCCUUACCAUCCAUUACAUAGCUCACAUAAUCCAACUGUAACCAUCCAUUUCCACAUUCAAAUUUGUUGUUAUCCUUCCUGAAGGGUUAUACUAGUGUUUUCUAAAAACAUAAAAUACCCUUCUGACAACAACCUUUAAGCCUCUAUACCAGGGACACCUUUGGCACUCCAGAUGUUGUGGACUACAUCCCCCAUAAUGCUCUUACACACAUAAUGCUGGCAAAGCAUCAUGGGAGGUGUAGGCAAAAACAUCUGCCGUGCCGAAGGUUGCCUAUGCCUGCUCUACACUAUUGCCGAGCAGAGUCUUUAAAAUUCAGGCUUGGCCCGUCCUUGUAAUUCUGGCACCCUACAGAUACUACACUGUGUGUGAUUUUGUGGACUACAUCUCCCAUAAUUCUUACAUUCAUAAAUAUAUGAAUAUUUGUCGAUCAAACCAUCAGCAUUGAUUCUGUUACGCAGGAUAGAGCCCAUGUCUGCAUUAGUUAAGGCAGACCAUUUAUUUUGUACAAUUUUUAGAAUGCCCAGUUUUCUGUGUGAAUGUUCCUGCGUUGUAAGCAGUGCUGUACCCUUCAUUGUAAGAAGUGUGGGAACACAGAACCAUCUACAGAUAUAGGCCUCCAUUUCAUAUUUUUCAUAUAAGCUUUUCAAAUCAUUUUUUAUAUUUUUGGAUAAACUUUUAAAAACGUUCUUUCUCAAAAUAUAAAAAUAUCAAAAACAUACGUCAAUGGGACGGAGCAGUAUACCGAGCUCGACUAUUAAGACCAUCCUGAAGACCCUCAGGGACCUUCGGCUCAUAGACACGUGGCGGGCACUACACCCGGUGGAACGAGACUUUACGUACUACUCCACACUACACCACCGGUACUCCAGAAUUGAUUACAUCUGCAUACAGCAGGAGGGACUCACCUACCUCAGGAAGGCUGACAUCCAACCUACGCCCUGGUCGGACCACAGUGCGGUAAAAGUGGAACUUGAAUCGCCCCUAUACCGCCCGACCAAGAUGACAUGGAGACUUAACAACGCCCUACUUCUGGACGAACCAACG